GCCACGAAAGGAGAUUUGGGAAAAUUCACCUGAGAAGUCGGGAGAGGAAGUCAUCAUCAAACAGUUAAGGCUGGCUUUUUGUGAACAUCUUGAGUGAAAUAACCGUGCGUGGCUAUGCAAGGUACAGCCUUAUCUUUCCGUGGCAUGUGGACUUUUGCGGUCCCGUGUAGAUGCGAUGAGGUUUAACGUUCCCCAUCGUUAGCAGCUGUCAGACUCCCAUUCCAGCCAUAAACUGAACAACACACCGCCUGUUCCGUAACGCAGUUAGCAAAGCACCGCAGCUAGCUAACGGCUGCUGGAAACAAAUGAAACCGCAUCGGGUCAAAGCGGAUAGACUCGACUUCCAGAAAACUGCAGGGGCUAAAAGUUAAAACCCAACUAAAGGUGGAUAAACACCAACCUUAUCUGCAGUAAAAGGUGGUUAACUUUGUGUCCAGGACGGGUUAUCAGCAUCAGCUGCUGGAAGAUUUGGGCUACACUUGAUGGAGGUGCAAUUCACUGCAGUCAGUCUAUCAGCUGAUUUAAAAACUUCAGCUAUUAUGCCUUCUAUUGGAUCCAUCUUUCUCUAAAUUUUGAUAGCCAUGGCUUCUCGCAAGGUAGAUGAUCCACCAAGUGACACCAAGGAUGAAGCUUCAGUCUCCGGCCAGCCAUCCCUGUGUGAUGAAAUCACAGAGGAGCUUCAUUCGGAUGCCAUGAACGCUACAGUGAAAUCCCAGAAAUCUGGGAGGUUUCGGAGGACUGCCUUGACAUUUUUUGGAGUUCGUAAAAGCAUCUGCAUUUUACAGUUUUUUGGAGGAAGAAGUAAAAAUCUGUGGUCUUCUAAAAAAGGAAUCGGCAAAAGCAAAACACACGAUGGGCUAAGUAAGGCUUGUCACGAUGACAAUCUGAGAAGUGGCUAUGCCUCAGCGAGAUUUGAGUACCACAGCCAGAGGCACGCUGCAGGAGAGCUCCACAGCAGCUGUCACAAUGAAUGUAGUCACCCCUCUGCUGACCAGAAAUCUCUGACUCUCACCCGGCAUAAAAGGGGUUUGAGGAGUCUUUUCCACAGCAUUAAGCAUCACAGAAACCAGAGAAAUGUUGGUCUGGAUAAAACAGAAAUGAUUGCUAUGUCCUGUCCUCCGUGCAAGAAAGAGGUGCCUGUUGUCCAGGACAACAUCAAGCAGUAUUUUACAGAGUGCCUGGGACCUGAACCCGAUGUGCCUGACUUUGAAAAAGUUAUAUGCGAUAUUUCUAUCGGUGCUGAAUGUAUUGAUGCUGAUGCAAUGGCGUUGGAGAAGAAUGCAGUGAUGCAAGAUAGCCCAAAGUCUGAGCUUGGUGAUGAGCUAUGUGAUAAUCAAAUGGAGGAGAUGAAUUUGAUGGCUGUAGUUGCCAGUGAAUAUGAGGAAGAGAGAUCCAGAGUACACAGCGACCCGUGUCUUAAACUUAAGAUGACCUCUGAGCCUGGACUGAAGUCUGAAAUGCCUGCUGGUUCAUCUGAGCAGCUGAACCUGAUUUUUGGAGAUGUUGCCUCAUUAAAGAGUUUUGACUCACUCACAGGCUGCGGGGACAUUAUCGCAGAUCAAGAAGAUGACAGCAUCACAGAGAGCACAGUUUCAGGGGAAAGGAGUAGAAACGGGGGAAAGAGGGCCUCUUGUUAUCUUACAUAUCAGGGUGGUGGUGAAGAAAUGGCCUCUCCUGAAGAUUUUGACGAGGAGUGUCUUCAGGAUUUCUGGGGAAACGAUGCUUCAGAGGAUAUUUGCUGCGCUUGCAACCAAGAUCAUACAGACGUGACCACUGAGCUGACAAGUUCUCAUAAUAUGGACUUACUGAACAGUAACAGUGUACAGCAAGCCAGUGGUAUGGACACUUCCUCAAUUGCUGAUGUAUUAACUCCUCAAAGUGAGCAUCAAGAAUCUGUUCCAAACAGCGAUGAGGGCUACUAUGACUCAACUACUCCAGGACCUGAAGAAGGACAAGAAAAAACUGACAGACUAAGGCCAGACCGAUUACCCAGAGAUAGUUACAGCGGCGAUGCCCUCUAUGAACUUUUUGCCCCUGAUGAAAGUCUUAUCAGUCCACAUUAUGAAAACAAAUCAAAGCUGCCUGGUUCCAAACAGUGCGAGUAUUUAAGUACACCUGUAGAUGUGACAGACUCUGCCUUUGUUCCUGAAAUGAAUCGAUUACAAAUAAGUCCUGAACUGUAUAAAGGUCAUAGUUUUCUUGAAAUCCAGAGCACAUGCAGUAAAUCGCCAGAGCCUGCACGAGAUACAGUUGCUGUGCACGAAGUAAGCAUGAAUAAAAACGGUAAUUUGAAUUCUAAACCACAAGCAUCAGUGAACAAGAAUAAUAUCAAGCCAGAUGCAUUUGAUGAAAAGGGAAAUAAGCUUUGCUAUGCCGAAAAAUCCAUGAAUGCUGACUGUGAGAAAAGACACAGCAACAUAUCAUUUGGAAGUGCAUCUGACCCAGAUUGAACAUUCUGCGAGCCCAAAGAACAGCAUCUUGAGGAAAAACCUGUAGCUUUACCAUACAGAAAUAUUAAUACUCAGUCUACAGAUUUCAACAAUGAUGAGGAGGACGGACAAGCUGUAUGUUUCUCACAAGCACUUGUAGACUACACAAAACACUCUCAGAUGUUGAGCAACUUGCACAACAGUGUGGAGGGUUUAGAGGCGAACUCUGCCUUCACUCCAAAUAUGGAGGCCUUACCAACCAUAGUCACAUUUGAUGUAGUGGAUAUGCACAAUGAGGGUGAAUAUGAUGAGCAGAUUCAGAUGGAUCUAGAGGAGGACAUUUCAUCACCUUAUCAGGAAUUCGAAGAAAGCUACCUUCAAAAAGAUGCAUUUGCAGAAUGUGACUAUCAAAUGUUAGAUCUGUAUGAACAGAACCUGUUCAGUAACACAUGGGCAAUAGCGAGUCUCCCACGGCACCUAGGCCUUACUAGAGUCAGUCAGUCCAUGUCUAAUCCAUUGUCUUUAGACAGGAGAAGUAGGUCUUUGGACACAGAAAGCCUAGAGGUAAAGAUGCCUGACACAUACAGAGAGAACAGAGGUGCUAUCAUUUCCUGCUUCCAGACAGAGAAGGACUCUGAGCAAGAAUCCUCUUCAUAUUACAAAAAGAAUGCACUUGUCUCCCCAUUAGAGGCUCGAGACAGUAGCAGCAUUAUGGCAUGGCAAACGAGGUCAGAAAUGGCUUUGAGCCUGCCCCUAACAGAUAGGGAAAUCACUGAUAAAGUACAGAGUCUCAGCCAAACUCAAAUAAAACACAAAAUCUUUUCUGCUCCAUCUAGCAGUGACUUUUCAAACAGUAAAGCUCUACAUCUUUGCUCCAAUCUGUCAGAUAAUGUGUCCUGUGAAUUAAUUUCACCAAGUCCUGAGCUUUAUAAUAGACAGUGUCACCUUCCUUUGCAGGCAGAGUCUUGUUUACCUCACAGCACUUUUUUUUACUCUGAAAUGAUAGGGGAGGAAGCAUUAUCCAACGACACAGACAAGGAUGUGUUUUGUAAAGCUGCCACUAAUUUGCAGUCAUAUAAUCAGUGUGUUCAAAGUAGAGCGGCAGCUAGGGAAGGAAUGUCUCCUCCUGAAAGUCCUCUGAACACAGGCUUGUCCACAGAUGACACAGAUGUCAGUGAAACAGGAAUGCCCAGGGAGGUGAUGAGCCCUGCUGCCUGUACCAGUCUACCAGAGGGAGCCCUUAAUUGAAAGGUUCUCAAUCAUACAGCUGGCAUUAAAACAAGAAUUAUAUGUGCCAAUGAGUGCUUUGUGUUACAUCAGAAGGAGUAACUGCUUUACUUGUUUUCAACUUGCACAAUGUAUUUCUUUUAGAAGUUGAUGUACACUGUGAUAGACAGGACUUGAAUUGAAAUUAGAAAACAUUUUGAAAUGUGGAGUUUGUGCCAUCCCUCUUAAUGGGAAGUCAAAAGGGAUGUUCUGCAUUUGCACAGUAACGGUUACUUGCCACAUACAGUCACAGUCAUUGGUUUUCAUGUCAGUCAAUUACAGUUUUUGGGAAGUUUGUUUUUCUUUUUGCAUUGAAAAUGCCAGUAGGUUCAUCUCAUUAAGCUGUUGAAUUUUACUUGAAUGUUUACAACACACAUGUAGCCUCACUAUCCAGGCUUUAAAAGUAAUGCCAUGUUUUGUCUAAUUGGUGUUAAUAAGCCUGGUUUCAUAGCAUAACCAAACAAGGCUGGCCAAGUCUUGCUUCAUUUGCCAAAUCCCGCUAAAGUCAGUGUACACUAAUCAUGCUUUAAGGUUGGUUAUCUUAGUUUGAGCUUUUUUUCUACAGCUUCUCUUUGUGUCUAUAUGUUGCUUGUCAUGCACAAAACUAGUUUUCAUUGUUGUCAAUCUUUCAUUAUACAACGUAAAAAGUGUCUUGAUCCUCUUAAGCAUAGGAUUUAUUUUAAAUGAGUUAGACAGAAAUGGGUUGACAGUGCUUAUAUCUAAAUUUCAGCUGCAGGUUCAUUUAAUAGGCUGUUGGCAAGCAUCUUUUUGUGUAGUGAUUUUAAUUUUCAAGAAAAUAAGAGGGGAAGAAAUGAAAUACUCUGCUAGUAUCUCAUAAUCAGAAACUUUUUGUCUGUGCGACUGUACUGACAAGCCAUAUUGGCCGUACUGUGGAAAAGUAGCUGUGUCCCAUUUUACUGCAGCUUGAUCAUUUAUGGAUUGCAUAAUUUAACACAGUUCACAGCAUUAUUGUAAGUUUGUGAAUUGAAAAGGCAGUUUGACCUUAGUUGAUUAGAACAGUUAGAAGCUGGUAUUUUCACCUUGUAUCAUUUAUUUGUGAACUUAAUGUUUUAUUGGGCAGAGAUUAAAAUGUCAAAUGUAGUUUUUAUAGUGUGAUAAUGAACAAAUUUCAAAGAAUUUGUAUUUAUAUUAUCUAUUUGUACACUGUAACACUGUAUUCAGAUCUGACCUUUCACACUGACAGUAUUUUAUUCUGUUUUUUUUUUUUUUUUUCUUUUAGAUUUUGUUUUAACUGUCACACAGUUGUGUCCAUAUUAGGAGAUUCUAUUUGAAAAGCUGUUACUGUUUUGUCAAAGUAGAACACUGCCUUACACUAAAAUAAACAUGACAAGACAUCA